AUGGCACUGCGGUUUGAAGCCCUGUAUCCUGAGGGGAUGUGUCCAGGCUGGAGCGUCGUGGUCAAGGGUGAAACCAGUUCCAGUGCAAGCAUGUUUGAAAUUAAUUUGCUCUGUGAUCCUGGGGAUCAAAUUGCUCUUCACUUUAACCCUCGCUUCUCCAGCUCCAGAAUCAUCUGCAACUCCUUCCUUGCCAACCACUGGGGGAAGGAAGAGGUUAAUAACACCUUUCCCUUCGAAGCAAAGGAGCCAUUCCAGGUGGAAAUCUACUCUGACCAGGACUUUUUCCAUGUUUUCAUCGAUGAAAACAAAAUCUUGCAGUACAAGCACAGGCAGAAGAAGCUUUCAUCCAUCACCAAGCUGCAGAUUCUCAAUGACAUCACCAUUUCUUCAGUGGAAAUCACCAAACGAGGCCUUUAG